AUGCGUAGAAAAACAUUAUUGAACAAAAUGCCGUCAGAAAGUCCAAUGGUUCCUGCACAGACGGAGAAACCCCAGCAUUAUAUGUAUUUAAAAGAGUUUCGAACAACUCAAUGCCCCCUCUUCUUACAACACAAAUGUACCCAACACAGACCUUACACUUGUUAUCGCUGGCAUUUUAUGAAUCAAAGAAGACGAAGACCUGUUAGACGUCGCGAUGGAACCUUCAACUACAGUCCGGAUGUGUAUUGCACCAAGUACGACGAGACAACAGGAGUGUGUCCAGACGGAGACGAAUGCCCAUAUUUACACAGAACUGCAGGAGAUACAGAAAGAAGAUAUCAUUUACGCUAUUAUAAAACAGGCACCUGUGUAUAUGAAACAGACUCUAAAGGGAAUUGUGUGAAAAAUGGUCCCCACUGUGCAUUUGCCCAUGGAGCUAAUGACUUAAGACCGCCAGCAUAUGAUGUUAGAGAAUUACAGACAAUAGAUGUAGACAAGAGUUCUUCUGCAAGUGGCAGCUCCUCAUUAUCACAAUCAGGAACACCUAGCAGUUUAGAAAAAGAGAAAAUUUUGGCUGAAGAUCCAAGAUGGAAUGAUACAAAUUAUGUGUUGGCCAACUAUAAAACAGAGCAGUGUAAAAGACCGCCACGGUUGUGUAGACAAGGAUAUGCAUGUCCAUCAAAUCACAAUUCAAGGGACAGGAGAAGAAGCCCAAAGAAACAUAAAUACAGAUCUACCCCUUGUCCAAAUGUCAAACAUGGAGAUGACUGGGGAGAUCCCAUGCAGUGUGAGAAUGGUGACAAUUGUGCAUAUUGUCACACAAGGACAGAGCAACAGUUUCACCCAGAGAUAUACAAAUCCACCAAAUGCAAUGAUAUGGUGCAGACUGGAUACUGCCCUAGGGGACCAUUUUGUGCCUUCGCCCAUGUUGAACAGGAGAUAACUACAGAUAGGAACUUGUUAUCAACAAGUGAAAACUCUUUGGCUGCAUUUGUGUCAACAGUAUUGCCAUCUAUGACAGUGGAAAGUGGCCUGAUGCAAAUAAACACAGAUUCCAUACCUGCACUAGUACAAAAUUUAGGAAAAGAAAAUCAAAAUAUGAAACCACUUCAAAAUUUAAAUGGGUCGUCAAAAUUUCCUGAUCCUAUUGGUAAAGAAAGAGGCAACAGUAUUCCAAAUCAUAAUAAUACACAAGGAAGUGCUAACAGCAAUACAAGUAGUCCUAUGCCAGAGCCAAUUGGGAAGGGUCGAUCUGGAAGCACAUCAAGCAGUAUUAAUUCAGAAAUAGGUAGUGCGUGGUUUAAUCAUAAAGCACCGGGGUCAGAACGAGCUGGUACAGAACGAGAUGAUGUCCAGGCAAAAUUGUGGCAGCAGCUUUCAACUAUAGACAAUGAUACAAGUUUAGAACAAACAGAAAAACUGAAGAGGAAACAAAACUUAGUGUUAGUACAUUCACUGAAUCACAAUGGAAACAACAGUAUGCCAACAUUGUCCAGUUCCCUUGGAAAUAUAGGAGUGCAACAGACCCUUUCUCCAUCCUCUAACAUGUCUCCUCUCGCUCCAGCAUUUUACCCAACAAGUGACAAUGUGACCAUGGCGACUACCAUGUCCACCUCCACCCCCUCCUUCUAUCCAGCAAUGGAUACUGUGGAGUCUGUCAUAGGUCAUGCCCUUGGAGAUCUUAAUCUGGAUGAUAUAGAUGUUAACAGCAUAGACAAAGAUGUAGAUAAAGACAAUGACACAAAUUCCUUGAGCAGUUCACUGAGUGCAGGUAUCCCUUCAUCAGGAUUUGGACCAUCGUCUGUUCCUAUUGGUAUACCACCAGGUGGGCUACCAAGAGGAAGCAUCAGUAGCCUAUCUCAGUCUCCACCAUCACCGUAUGGUAGUUUUAAUCUCCCUAUCCUGUCAAUGCCGCCGCCUACCAAACCAGACACAGAACCUAGUUCAUCUUAUUUAAACAAUAAAUUUCCAUACACAGACUUCAAUUCUAUGUCGCCGCGGAAUGGCCUGGGUGGUCCUCAUUCCCCUCUAUACUCAUCCUCCUCAUCAAAUUUAUCAAACAGUGCCCAUGCAACAGAACUACAGAAGCUAAAGGAGGAAUUCUCGCACAAUAAAACUCGUCUAGAACACUGGGAACAGGCCUAUACUCAGGCCAAGUGUGCUUGUGAAGCAUGGAAAAAAGAAGCUGAAGAAUCCUUGAGGAAAGCAAAGUAUUGUGAUGAUGAGAGAUUACAUGCUGUUAAACAGCGUGAUGAGGCUAUUAUUCAUGCCAAAAAGCUACAGCAGGAAGCAGAUUCAAAACAGAAUGGGCCUCAAAUUAGAUACCUACAGAGAGUGAAUGAGUUGGCAACCUUAGGAAUUCCUCAAUUACAACAGCUUCACCAACAGCUGACACGAGAUUUGAAAACACUAGAUGGGUUAAUAAUGUUUCACCACCAUAAUGUGAAGUGUUUGAUAUGCCAAGAGAAGGAAAGGGCUUCUUCAAGCAGGUUACAAUGUGGACAUCAGGUGUUUUGUGAAUCAUGCGUUUUGAAGAUUAUGGAAUGUCCUGUAUGCCAUGCACAAGUACCACGACCAAACACAGGAUACAACAGGUUGUAAUAAAGGACUCGUUUAGGAUUUUCAAAUUUAAAAAUGAAAAUUGACUUGAAAAGUGCUAAUCAUUUCAUUUUCAUCACUGAUUGUUAUCAAUUUUAUUUUCUCAUUUUGUUGGAAUUAUGUUCUGAAUUUAUUUCUGGGGUGAAAAAUUGUACACUGGGAACAUGUUUGUUAUGUUUCUGAUGGAAGAUGUGAUAGUAGUGUUGAGUACUUUUGAUAUUAUUUUUGAUAAUGAAGUACUUACCCAGCUUGUACACAUAGUCCUGUGUGCUUAGUGCUAAGGUUCCCAGUAAGCAAUUCCUCUGUCAGAAAACUAAAUAUUUUUAUUUCAUUUUACAAUUGUUAAGUUGAUGCAUGUAGGAUUUCUUGCAACAACUACACUUGAAAUGCUUUCUCAGUAGGUUUUCAAUAUCUGAUACACUCAAAAUGUAUUAUCACUGGUUUGAUAAACUAUUUGUUUCAUCUGCAAUAUUAUAAUUAGUAUAUAUUUAUAUCUUGAUUAUAAAAUAGAAAUGAUGUUAAUAUGAAUAUGUAUGUAGCUUCAAUUUAUUUUUAGUAGUGAAGUUUUCAUGUAUUACUAGAUCAAUCAAUCUGGAUGAAUAACAGAAUAUUUUAAAAAUGGUAAAGUCUGCUUGCUAGGAAGGAAUCAUAUAUCCCUUAAAUGGAAUAUGAAUUUGUAUCCCAUAAGAAGUGGACAAAUAUAUUAUCAACAGGCCUCAGUACUCAUCCUAGUUAUUUUUUCCUCAUCCUAUUUAAUGGUAUUGAAAUGUUAUAUCACAUUUUCAUCUAGACUGUUUGUCUUUUCCAUAUUGUUUUAAAAGUUGAAAUUCCUACUGGGAGUGAAAUAACUUUGUGACCAGGGAAAAACAGUAAACACUUUGCACAAAGUUCAAUAGCAUGCUGAUAUGGACACCAUUUUAGAUGAAAUUUUUCUUCUCAUAGUGUUAAAUUUGGAGAUAUUUCCUGCAUUUUCAACUCUUCUGGUUGUUAUAUUGUAUGACAUUGCCAGCAGACUCAACUGUUAACAUGUCCUUGUCCAUAAUUUCAAACUGAUGGAACAUUUUCUGUAAGCUUGGUUUUAACAAAUUUCACAUAGUUUUCAUUAAAUAUUUAUGAAUCCAUACUUAAGGUCAAAGUCAUUUAUUGAAGUGAAAAUGAGAAAAGGCUUGUAACUUAAAGGUCACAAGUAACACAUAUGUCAGGAUCUAGAGUUUUCGGAAAAUUAGCCUUUACAGAGCAUUGUUAGCCUAAACAUAACUCAGGGUAUCAGCCUAUGGUUUGUUUACUGAAAAGAAACGGACACUAACACAAGUUUUGACAAUAAGUUAUACAUUUAUCAUGUAGCCAUUAACUGAUUCUUGCUAUAGUGUCAAGGUCAAAAGUUUGAAGAUCAGAAUGAUUUUGGAAUACUGAUAAACCAAUCCUGGUUAUUCUGUUGUUUUGAUUUGUUUAAGAAUGUUUUUUCAUAGAUUUCAGAAAAGAUGAAUCUGUGCUUGUUUUUUUAAAAAAAAAAAAACAUGAAUUGAAUGUUUUUCUCCUUUGGUGGUUGGUUCUGUUGUGUAAAAUAUAUGGAGGGUGUACAUUAUUACAGCAUUUCCUGAAGAAAGUAUAAAGUAAAAGUUCUGAUUUGGUCAUUCAAGAAACAGACUACUAGGAUAAAUGACCAUAGAAAUCAGUUUGUUCAAAGGUUUGAGGCAGAUAACAUGUGUUGCUCGAGGUGUUUGGUUAGACUUGGCAUUUAAACAAAUCAUAAUCAAAAAGGGAGAAGGCAUGUUUGCUUGGCAAAAAUUCAUGUGUGCUUACUUAAAACUUCAUCCCGAUUCUGUCAUUGCUUUCUGGUUAUUUAUAGUUUUUUUUUCUUUUUUUUUGCCCAUUUUUUUUUAGUCAAUGAAAAUGAAAUGAAGGAAAUUAUUGCUUAUCACCAAUUCAUAUUAAAUUUAUUCUCAUUUCAAAUAUCUGAUGAUAUAGCAUAAGAUGCGACUUGUUCGACAGUCAUUGACAUAUUUCUAAUGACAUGCUGGAUACAUUUUAUUAUCACGAGAGGAAAAUCUGUUGAUUACAUUUUUUCAAAAUAUUUCAUUUCUGCAUGAGUUGUAUGGUUAUCAGUAAAUUAUAGUGAAAUCAAAUUUAGUCCCAUUGUGUGUAGUGAAAUAUUUAUUUUCAUUUAUCAUGUUAUUUGAAAAAAAAAAUUUCAAUAUCUCGGCCUUAGACAGACUCUUGUUUUCAUCUUGAUGGUCUGUAGACUAGCUUCCUGAAAUAGCAAAGUAAGGCCCGAUUUAUGUUCUAUAGUUUGUGUUUGGUUUGUAAUUUAUUUGGUUAGAUUUGAAGAAAAAGCUGUGUGAUCCUGAAAAUCUUUUUCUCAGGUGAAUGACAUUUCGAGCCUUUAUCAUGAUGUAAAACAUUGUUUAAAGAAUGUGUAACAAAGUCUUUGAACUGUACAUUUUAACAGUUAACCAUGCAUUUGUGACCAAAGUUUCUCUGUAUUAUCCCCAGAGCAAGUUGUUGAACUUCUGAUGCUGCUACAUAUAAUUUUGUACAAAUUACAAAAUUAUCAGAUGAGAAAAUUAAUACAACAGAAGACAUUUUCGAAUUCUCUGUAAAUUGUUGUUCAUUCUAAUUAAUGUAAAAACAAAUUCCAUAUAGACUUGGUUACCAUGGAAAUAUGAGUUAAAACAUUUCUACUGUAUAUGGCCAUGUCACUUAAUUCCAAUUUGAGUGUUUAUUUAUUUUCUGAUGUUCCUAUUGUUGCUUUGUUUGUACUUUAAUUCAAAAUGAAUGAAAUGCCUUCUAAACCUGUUUAAUGACGGCUCCAUAAAGCAGAUUCCAUAAUCAUAUGAAAUUAUUAAUUGUGCCAUCAAUUAUUAAGGAUUAUACUCAGAUAGGUGUUUCAUUUCGCCAACUCCACAUUUGCUUUAAGUAAGAUGAAUUAAAGAUAUUUAUGAUGGUCCAUUCUUCAAUCCAACUGUUGGUUAAUCUAUGCAAGUUUAUCAGUGGUUGGAGAGAAAAAAAGAUAGUCUGUGACUUCCAGGAGUAUCGCAACAUUUUAUGAUGUAAAACAUCACCACCACCCCCGCCCCCAUCCCCACCCCCAAGACUUUAGUAUCAGUUUGUUAAACACCUGAAGAAUCUUUAAAGCCUUUUUUGGCAAGCAAUUAAGUUUUGAAAUUGAAAUUGAAAAUUGAAAUAAAUUUAUUUAACGUUUUCAAGCAACAAUAAAUUCACACCAAACGUUACAAUAUAACUGAUAUUAUCUUAUUCCUAAAUGGUGGUUCAUGUUCCACAUCACAAUCUCCACAAAAACUUCUGCCUUUUAAAUCUGUCAAAAAGGUCUUCUUAGAUUACUUAAGUAUUGAUCAUAAUAAAUUGUGUGGUGAGUUGGUUUCUGAAAGCCAAUUUUUCCUAGUAGUUUUCCUGCAUAUUAGUCUGUAGCAUAAGAUCAGGAUAAUCGAGGUUGACAUAUUUUACCAUAAAACACCAACUCAUUAAUAAUGUAAAUUGAUUCAAAAUAGAGAAUAAAUAUGUUAGUCUACAUCAAUCCCUUACAAGGAAAUAAUUCUCACAAAUUUUUGAAAGAUUUUUGUACUUUGUGCAAGACAAAAACUUCAUGCAGUCUGUUUAAGAUGAUUACCUGCUGUAUAUAAUCAUCAACGUGUGCCAUCCAGAUCCUUAUUUGUUAAAUAGGUGGUGAUGUAUAUAAUUACAGAUACACUGGUCUUGUUUGGUUAUUUUAAGCAUUUAAUACUGAUGAAGUAGAUUUAUAGGCAGGAGAGUCUACGAUCACUUCAUUUUCCCUCUGAACUAGCUUUUUCACAGCAGAUUGAUGUUUUUGGGGUAUAUGGUGUAUUUUAUCACAGGUGUUUAUUGUUUUUAAAUCAUCAGUGUUAAUCCAUAGGUUGUAUUUUCCCUAUCUCAUUGCAAUAAAUGUACAUUCUGUCAUAUUUUGGGACUAUAGCAACCUGUUCACAAAGUGUUUUAUUGAUAACUAUGUAGUGUGGAUUUUACAAUUUCAUUGAUUUUGUUUCUAGAAACAUUUCAUAAACUUUUGAUGCGAUUACUUUGACGAGAAAAGGCUGAGCUUUUGGAAAUUAAACCUUGAAGUAGUAUGUAGUGUUGUAGUUCUCUGGGUACCUUCUACUGUACUUUUCCAAUCCGUAUUAAUCGGAGUAACAACUUUUACUUCCUGUUAUUUCAACAGUUUUCACAAGUUCUAUCUGUCAGUAGUAUUUGGUUUUGCAUGUAACUUCACAACCGCAUGACAGUAGGUGUAAUUUGUAUAAUAUCAAAAGUAUUGUUCUUUUCAUGUCAUAUUGCACUUCAGUGAUUUUGAUCUAUUUACUAUUGUCUUCAAGUUGAUGGCUCAGAAAUCUAUGAACUACAAUUGAUUAUGUGUUGCAAGAUACAAAAUGUCCAGCAAUAUUUAGGAUGAUGCUGCUACGCCAUGUUGGAGUGAUUCAUUAAUGAUCUGUUAUUACCUGGGUAUGAGCGGAUUGUUAUGGAAGGUGAUACUAUCUUUGAUGAGAGAUCGGCCCGCUGGUUUGGGCCUAGAGAGUGUGAUGAGAGGAAGGUUCUAUUUUAUAGUAUAUGGUAAUGCAUGUUAUCAUUAAAAUGUGUUAUACUCAGGGCAUAUUUGGCAGUACAUGUUUUUAUAAAAGAUUUUCCCCCUCAGCCAGGUGUUUCUUAUUACAAAGAGUGGAAGAAAUUAAAUUUUGUAUAAAGAUUGACAAAAAUAUAUUUGAAAGUGAUUGAUCCACAAAAACACAAUUAUUGUGAUAUGAAUUAUAGUUUGUUUUAGUAAUGUUAGAACACAUUCACAUGUGAGCACAUGCUGUGAUUGUGUCUUUGCAAAUGGUAGAGAUUUUUUUUCCUCAUUUAAGAUAUAUUUGGUUUACUUAGAUGUCAAAAAUUCCUUAUUUUACAAUUUAAAAUAACGACACUUUUUUUAAUGGAAUUGAUUCAAUGCUAAUAGAUUGCCAUACAAUUUAUAAGUAAUAUAGGAGUUUAUUUUUUAUAUUAAAUAUCAACAUUCUGAAUAUUUACACAGGUCAGAAAAAGGAGGGGAGUGGUAUAUAUUAAUAGCAUAAAUUGGCACAAAGUGCCACCCCAGGAAAAGCAAAAAAUAAAUUUUGAUCAUUGAUACAAUCAGAACAACCAGUAAAACUGUAAAUAUAUUUAUAGAAAUCAAUUGGGUUAAUUUCUAAUAUUCAUGUCCCUGGUAGUUUUCAUUUCCAGAAUAGUUCAGUUCAUUGUGAUAAUCUCACUUGUAGCUAACCAGAAGCUAAUUGGUACUGAACAUCUACAAUGUAACAAACAUGCUGUCAAUUUUACAUAAACAGUAGACUUUAUCUUAGAACUUUAAGAAAGGGGAUUACCAAGUGUAUUUUACCACCUUUCAAUGGUAUUGCAGCUAGAAAUGUGUAUGAAUGGUUUCAUCAGGAACCUGCUGUUAAUGUAAUUUAAAAUUGUGAAUUUUAUUGAUACACACCUGUAUUAGAUUUAUUUGUACUCAAUCCUGAGUAAGCAUUUGUAAUAAUUCACAAUUCUCAUAAAAUAUUGAAUAUAUA